AUCAUCACGUUUGUCGGUACAAAUAGCGUGCGGAAUUGGUGGACGAACCUUUGGUGUGCCAUGCGGGAGCUUCCCCCGGUGUUUGGCGUACAGGCGUAUGUUCACAGGGGUUUUUUGGAGCUACUGGAGUCGAUUGCGUUUGAGGAGGUUGCCAAGGACUUUGAUCAAAUUAUCCUUAUAGGCCACAGCAUGGGUGGGGCUCUUGCGCAACUCGCCGGUCUCUACUUGGCGAACGAGAGGCCUGAGAGACGUGUCACGGUCUUGACUGUGGCCUCGCCUCGUGUCUUUGCCUCCCGUCAAGGGUUUUGGCAAAGAAUUGCUGGUUGGGUUUUCAUUCUCAACGGGAAGGGGAAUGAUGCGGCGAUUGCACUUCCCAGCAACUGCCGUCAUAUACGUACCUUCAUGUGUGCGGAUGUGGUUCCGCGGCUACCUCCUGCCUUUCUUGGAUACCAGCAUUUGGGCACACCGCUGCCGCUGCACACGGGAUGCCCCACGCGCAUGUCUUAUUUGGGUUGGGGGCUGUGGUCCUGCUUGUUUCACACUGCAGAUAUGUACAAGGCGGUGCUGGAGCGACCUGCCGUGGCACAGCUUCACAGAUACGAAGCUAUGUCUGCAUCUUGUGCGUGCUGA